ACUCUCCUCCUCCUCACUCUCCUCCUCCUCUCACUCUCCUCCUCCUCAGGCCCACCAGCUGUCUGACGGCAGCUCCUCCUCUCAUGUGGUCUCCGUGGUGACGAGGAUUAUGCACGUCUUUGCCGACGCUCUUCCUCACGUGCCGGAUCACCGUCGAGUUCCGAUCCUCAGUCAGCUCCUGACCACGCUCGGCCCCGCCCACUUCCUGUGGAUCCUGAUGCUCCUCCUCUUCAAGCUGCACGCCACGCAGACGUCCGGCGACACCAGCGAGAAGGAUGCAGCUCUGGAGAGAGAUGUAGAUUUCUGGAUCUCUCUGUGCUGUCAGUUCGAGGUGUCCGAUCAGCUGACCUCCCUCGUCAGCAUCCUGAACUUCCUGCUGCAGCUUCCUGACGACAAAGACGACGCGCCGGUGAAACGCCCCGUCGUCCGGCGAGGAGCGAAGAAGAAGAAGGAGGGCGAGGAGGAGGAGAAUGUGGAGGAGCUGAUCUUCAGCGUGGAGGCUCACAGCAGCAAAGAGCUGCGACACUUCAAGUUCCUCUGCGUCUCCUUCAUGGCUCAGCUGCUCGGCUCCAACAGCUUCAUCGCCAAGGUCGCAGACGGAGGUGAUGCUGUGGACGAGUCUCUUCAGCAGCUGCAGCAGAGGUCAGUGUUCUCCAUGUGACGUCAUGUCGAUUAU